AGUGUGUAGAUAAUGAGUUUGAUAACAAAGAAGGGAGAAGGGAAAAGUGAUUUUAAGUCUGAAGAUUUAGAAGCAUAUCCAAGUGAGAUGUCAUGUUUAACAGCAUUUGACGAUUUAUUUCAGUGUUAUUCGGUUGUUGGACAGUUUCGAAAUGUUUAUAGAUAUGGGGAGAUUGAUUAUUGUAAUAGUCAGCUGGAGAAGUUUAAAUUUUGUUUAAAGAAUUCUAUAAAUUCAGAAGAUAUUAAAAAACGAAACAUUCAGUUGUUUUAUAAGGAGAAAUUGAUGAUGAAGAAGCAAGAGGGAAGUAGCGAGGAUAUAUGGAAGUUGAGAGAAAUAUAAGAAACGUAAGAAACGUAAGAAACAAGAAUUUAUUAGAACUAGAAUAAAGGAAAGAGAACAAAGGAAAGAGUAUAAAAAAUUUUAAAUGUAGGUGUAUAUAUAUAUAUGUAUAUAUAAGAGAGAGUGAAUGGGUGUAUAGAUAGUUUAUUUUCAGUCUAAUAGGUUAAGAUUCGGAUAUUUUAGAUAGAUAAAUAGAUAGAUAGAUUAAUCUUCAUGAGGAUCAUCAUCUUCUUCUUCACCU